CUGUCAUAGAGCAAACAAACUGUUCCUAGGAAAAAGGCAAGUUAAGUAAACGACCGGCCUUGCCUUGCAUCUAUAUUUCAUUAGAACUUUGAGUAGGUGCAGUUGUUACACUUGAACUAAACAAAAGCCUAAGGACUUUUAAUGUGCAAUUUUGGCAGCCAGGCCAACGGUGGAGGUCAAUGAAGAAUGUCGAGAAUUGUUUAGUGCUACGCUGAGAAGUCAUUGGAAACGUGUUAGUGAGAUCUUGCGUGAAGGUAGCAAAGCAAUAACGGCUGGAGUUAUGACCGUAGAAGGUCAACCUGUUACUGUGCUUGAUGUUGCGGUUGUUUCCGCACAAGAUCAAUUAGUCGAGAAGCUGGUCAAGUCCGUGGAUCUAAAUAAAAACAAUGAUAUUUUGGAGAGGGCCCUCUGCAAUGCUGCUCGGGGAGGAAGAAUGAGGAUGGUAAAGGCACUGGUAGACAAAAUUGAUAUUAAAGCUGAAAGCGUAGCCCUUGCCUUAUCAAUGGCUAUUUCUUGGGCUCCCGCGCAAAAGGAGGUUAUAUGGUAUCUGGCCAGGCGUACCAUCCAGGUCCGUGCAUCCACCUCUGAUUUGUGCAGCCUUGUUAUGGCUGGCCAUUUGGGUAGGAUUUCACAGUCGCUCGUCUUGUCUCAUUUCCUUGACUCUUUACUUAGACUUAACCUUUUUGUUUGUGUCUCAAAAGACAUAGCCUGCUAUUUAGCUUGGACACGCCGCCAGUCACCAACAAACGGGGAAACAGAACUUGAUAAACAAUUGGGAUAUUUGGUGUCUAUGAUGUCUUACUUCCACAGUAGAGCCACACUCAGUUUUUGGGAAAAGUCUAUCUCCAAAUGUAUCCCUCAAUUCUUGAUCCACACAUCAUUUGCAACCUCCAAAGCCAUGGAUCGAGCACCUAUCAUCAAAAGGAUCGUAGAUACGAAGUUGACGCAUCAAUGGUCUUUUGCAUUUGGACAUCUAGCUCUUUCCGAGAAGAUGAAAAUGGAAGCUCCCAAAACACUUGAGUUUUUAUUGACUUCAAGCAUUGUUCUUGACGCUGCAUCUCGCGGAAUCUCUGAAUUUGUUGAGUUAUGUCUUAUAUAUUUUCCCGAGUUGAUGUGGGAAAAGAAUUUCACAAAAGAACUAAUAAAGGAAAUUGUGAAGGGACGUCAUGUCGAGCUGUUUAGACUAGUAAACGCAUACAACAUAACUCCAUGUUUGACUGAAGAUAAGAAGACGAGAUGCGAGCUGAUGGAGGCAGUAGUAGAAUGGUCACCAAGAGGUAUGCCGGCGGAUGCUGCUGGACCAGCUUUUUUGACACAAAGGGAACUUCAAUGGUUUAAGGUAGUGGAAGAUAGGAGCCAUCCUUCUUUAAAAACAAUGAAAUUUGAGGUUGGUUGACCUUAUUUGUUUCCCAUCCUUUUCUGCUCUUCAAUUUACAUUUACAUUGAUAAACGACCUUUAUUCUUCUGAAGGUACUGAAUGAAGAUUGCAGCGAUCCUUCUUUUAAGAGCCUGAAAUUGAAGGAAACAAAAAAAAGGACAGGGAAAACAUAUUGGGAAGUUUUUGUUGCACAACGCCAAGAUUUGCUCAAAGAAGCCAGACAAUGGAUGAAAGACAUGUCAUCAUCUUGUAGCCUAGUCGCGACUCUCAUCAUUACGGUAGUUUUCACUGCGGCUUUUACCGUACCUGGAGGCUAUGACAACAGUACGGGGAUCCCGAUCUUUUUGCAGAGGGGUUCAUUCAUUGUAUUCGCAAUUGCAGACGCCCUCGCUCUCUUCUCCUCUGUCACCGCCACUUUGAUGUUCUUGGCUAUCAUAACUUCACGCUAUGCAAUCGACGAUUUCCUCCGCUCGCUACCAAGGAAAAUGCUACUGGGACUCACUUUUCUCUUCCUCUCUUUGGCCUUUAUGCUGAUGGCGUUCGGCUCUGCCCUUACAAUCGUCUUGAGGGAACGACUGAAGUGGAUUUAUAUCCCAAUUACUUUGCUGGCUGCCUUACCUGUCCUACUGUUCGUAAUCCUACAGCUUCCCUUGUGCUUUGAGAUGGUCGAAUCCACCUAUUGGCCUCCUCUCUACCGACCCAAGAAGCUUUCGCAAUGAUACAUGCUAUUAUUGGAUAAGGAGACCCAUGAAGAUUUGGAAAUGAUCUCUGCUAUUAUUGGACAAGGACAUGUGUGAUUACGUAUCCGUUUGCAUUUGUUAGCGUGUGUAAUGCGACUAUCAUGGUGUUUACUCACAUUAAAGACUUGAAGUGUAACAUCAGCCAUACUUAUACUAAUGGUUAAUGUCCGCUUCACUUGUA